ACGUCAAGCCACUGUUGCAUUGCUGAGCUGCAGCAUGACCCGGAAACACAUGGUUUUGUGCAGAAAAACGCGCAGUAAAGAACGCAUAUUUUUACAACUUGCCGACUGUUGGAUUAAUUUAACUUCCCUGGGUGAAAAUGUUCAAGCCAAUGAAAUACAGAACUCCCGUCUCAAGUGACGCAAGUGAUGACGUCAAAGCAGCGAUAUGGGCGGGAAACGAUGUGAUGCAAUCUAUACCAACUAUGUUGAUAUCGGCCAAAAGUAAUUACGGCGAGUUUGGGGAAAAGGACUUUAAGAGCAGAUAUCGUUCUCUGGAACUCUCCAUCAUCAACGGAACUGACCGAUGUCUACAUUUUAAAGACGAAUACUUCCGAGAAGGCACCUGGUUCGUGUCUCCACAACCGUUGAUCCUUGAACCAGGUGCCGGAAGCAUAGCGUUUGUCGCAACCAAACAGCGAGGCCUGCUCACAGGUGUAGGCGGUGGGUUAGAGUAUCUGCUGGAGGGAACCGACUUUUGUCUUUACAUGGGCUUCACCAAUCCAGUCAUUGGUUGCUACAAAACCUUUAUCCAGUUGGAACAGGCGAAAUCCGCGAAGUGGGCUUAUGACAACUCCCACAAUGACACUGUCAAACGUCAUCGUAACCAUGGUUACUUCGUCACCUGCACUUUGAGACCAGCCCUCUAUUCACCAUUCAGAAAGAUGGAGUACACCAUUAUCAAAGAACACGACUAACAUACAGUUGCUGGAACUGUAUUAAAUGCAAAACGCAAUAAAUGUGUUAAACUAAUUAGUAAUUGUACUAUAUAAUUGCUGUGGUAUUAAAAUAUUUUUGCAAUAAAA